AUGUUAGCUUUACUUCCUCUACAUGUGCCGGCCGACGAGGUUUGUGGUUGUCCUCUGGUGAAAGACGUCUUCGAGCCGACCGGAGAGUUCUGCCGCGUUUCUAAGCGGAAGUGUAACAAACAUUACUGCUGGGAGAAACUGCGCAGAGCUGAGGUCGACCUGGAGAGAGUCCGAGUGUGGUACAAACUGGACGAGCUGUUCGAGCAGGAGAGGAACCUGAGGACGGCCAUGACCAACCGGGCUGGUUUAUUGGCUCUGAUACUGCACCAGACGAUCCAGCACGACCCAAUCACCACCGAUCUGCGCUCCGCCAAGGACCGGUAGACAGGCGAAGACAGACAGGUGGACGAGUGGAGACAGACGAGUAGAGACUGAACGGUGGAGACAGAUUAAUCUCAACGUCCUUGUGAUUUUUUCAGUAUCGUCUGUUUUUAAUGUGUCUGUGAGUUUUUCAGAAGCACGUUCACUUUGUCUUUUCUCACCUCACGUCUCUGUUGUAGUUACACACAGACGAUCUCAUGAAAACCAAAUAAUCUGAUCCAGAUUAUUGAGAUAGAUUUAAUCAUUCAGAUCAGAACAAGAUGUUUCCGUCCGUCAGAAACACAAUCCCUAAAAUUUAAAUAUGUAAUUAUGAGAUGAUUAUUUCCAUCUUUUCAUUCUGAGAAGCUGAUUUUGUAAAUAUGAGGUAAUUAUCUUGUAAUUAGAACAAACUGAUUUCAUUGAUCUCAGUUGUGUGACGGUCGGUUUUGUGAGGCAGACGUCAUGACGAUUAACGAACAGUAUUAACACUACACUACCCACAAUCCCCGGAUAAGACAGAAGACACAAAACUGAAACUUUGACAUGUUUUUAAUGUUUU